AACUUUUCACCUAGGCAUAUUUGGACACUAUGCCAGAUCAACAGUCACUUCCUGUGUGUGGAAGCUCCAAGCAUUUAAGCAUUCAUACUGCUGAUGCUCCACAUCACAGAGACUGCUAAACUGAGACUCACGGAAGUGAGUGAAGUGAACAUGUCUGAACAGGUGCUUCAGUUAGACAGUGGUAGAGUUGAUCUGCAGGGAUCUGAUAAGGACUCAAAAUAAACCAUACCAUUCUAAGACGAUGAACUUGCAAAGGCCAACUUUGACAUUAUAAACUUCAUCAAAGAUGUUGUCCAAAUGGCUUCCUGGCAUCAUUGGUCCAGCACCAACUCAUUAACCUUCUAGUUCAGCAGACUUAACAAGAGAACAAAUUGACAGCUGGUCAUGAGCAGGGCUUCUGGGUUUGUGGUGCUGGUCACAGCCACUGAGGAAAUGGGGCAGUGGGGACAGAAUUGCGGUCUCAUCCUGGAUAGUCCUAGAUCUUCACCUACAUGAAACACUCUGCCAACUGGACCAAAGAAGAGCCAAAGAGACUGAUAGAGAAUAAUAAUGCUACAUUUGACUCUUUAUAUUUUUCAAAGAAACUCUGCUAUUACCUGUUACUGGGUUAGAUCUUAACAUCAGGGUGGGAAGGUGGGAAAGAUGCUGUCUCUGCUAUCAGACAGUGAGGUAUCCAUUGAGAUUAAGGGAGCUAGAUAAAGUUCAGGACACAUAGGGUGCCAGGGUUAUAGGUCAAACAAAAGAUAAUACUCCUGAUCCCAUGAUUUCCAGUCUGAAGAGGACAUGAGUAAGAAUUUAAGACUGGAUAAAACUGAACUAGAAAAAUAGAAAAGAAAGAGCUUGAUUUUGGAGUAUUUCAGGAUUGUCUGGAACAAUGUUCUAAUCUGUGUGCUUCAUAGCAGACACUGAAUUGUCUCCUGUUAUUUUGGCACAUAAAAGCUAUGGGUUUCAACACCAGUUUUAGACAAGGCUUCAUCUUAGUGGGCUUCUCUGAUUUUCCUCAAUUGGAACUCAUUUUUUCUGUUCUCAUUUCCAUAUUCUACUCCCUAACUCUCUUUGGCAACUCUGCCAUCAUUAUUCUUUCACAACUGGAUGCUCGACUUCAAACACCAAUGUACUUCUUCCUCUGCCAUCUCUCCUUCCUGGACCUCUGUUACACCACUAGCAUUGUGCCCCAGCUUCUGAUAAACCUCCAGGGAUAUGACAGGACCAUCAGCUAUGGAGGGUGUGUGGCCCAGCUCUUCCUUUUCCUUGCUCUGGCCUCCACGGAGAGUGUGCUCCUGGUGGUGAUGGCCUUUGACCGCUAUGCUGCUGUGUGUCGUCCCCUGCAUUACACGACCAUCAUGCACCCCCUUCUCUGCCUCUCACUAGCUAUUGCUUCAUGGGUAGGAGGAUUCAUGAACUCUCUGAUUCAGACAAGCCUGAUGAUGGCUAUGCCUCUUUGUGGAUACCAGCUGAACCACUUCUUCUGUGAGAUGCCUAUUCUCUUGAAGUUGGCCUGUGAGGACACAGAAGGAACAGAGGCCAAAAUGUUUGUGGCCCGAGUUGUAAUCUUGAUAUUUCCUGUAGCAUUAAUUCUGGGCUCCUAUGCAAACAUUGCUCAGGCGGUGCUGAAGACCAAGUCAAUGGCAGGGUGCAAAAAGGCCCUGGGGACUUGUGGGUCCCACCUUGUGGUGGUUUCUAUGUUUUAUGGUGCAGCCAUCUACACAUACUUACAACCCAAGGGCAGUUAUUCCGAGAGCAAGGGGAAGUUUGUUGCCCUUUUUUAUACUAUCAUCACCCCCAUGCUCAACCCUCUGAUUUAUACCCUGAGGAACAAGGAUGUGAAGGGGGCUCUGUGGAAGGUGCUACGGUAGGCACAGACUCAGGAUAGAAGACCAAAGGACAACCAGUACAAUUUGGUUUAACAGCUCUUGAAUUACAGACUCAUCCUGUCCUUGCAAAGCAAUUGGUUAGUAAAAAAAUAAGCUUCAACAGACACUAUGGGUUUGAUGUUUCCUUGUUCUGAAGUUGGAAGUACGGAGGGUAUUUUGAAAUGCUUUGUAAUUGUCUAUAAUCCAUAUGAUACAGGGAGUAAGAGUUGAUUUGUAACAUGAUGCUUAGGAAGUGGAUAUUGUCUCCUCUUGUACAAAGUGGAGACAGUUUCUAGGUAAGCCUGGGAGACAGGGAAGCAUUGUUCUGAUGGCAGUGCCUUCAGAUUUCUAGCAUGGUGCCAUGCAGAAUGCCCUAUGUCAAAGAUUUGCAUCAAUGCCUAUGCUUCUAAUUCCCUUCUCCUGCCUAUGUCCCUUCACAUCACAUGACCUCUUUUUAAGUUCUACUGAGGUAGAUAUCUUUCUGUGAUAUUUGGAGAACAUAAGGAAAUAAUGAUUAGUGGUAUAUCAUGAAGCAUGUAGAGGCCAGAUGUGAGUCUUGCUUUUCUACUUGGGGUCACAUGCAAAGAAGUAUUAGGGAGGCAUUCUGUAAAAAGGGGGCAGGCAUUGCUUUUUCCUCAGCUGUACGGUGCAACUCAGAAAUGAUGCUUGACAUGGGAAAGAUGAUAAUGUUCAUGAAUGAGAAGAAACUAGAGAAACUGGAGAGAAAACCAAACAUGAGCUUAAUUAGUAGACAUCA